AUGUUCUGGGGCGCCUUUUCGUUCAGUAUACGCACAUCCCUCGUACCGAUGCUUGGAGACCCUAAAUCCCCUCGUAGUGGUAUUAACGGGAGGUUAUACUCGCCUACUUAUAAGAGAGCCUCCCAACCAUAUGCUCCCCGGUAUCUAUAUUCAUUCGAGAUAAUACUUCUACAGACGCGUAUAAAUUAGUCCAAGAUCGGAUUACUAAGUAGGCUUUGGAAAAUGGGGUUGAGCUUCUGAACUGGCCGGCAUACUUAACAACUCUUAACCCUAUCGAAAAUGUUUAGAAACGACUCAAAGAAACGAUAAUAGAGCGUUUCCCUGAGCUUUCCUCAAUGCCGAAGAAUGCCAGGGCCUUGCAAGGCUUAAUUACAGCCGCGAUCACUGUUUAGGAGGAAUUUGAAGAUGAACUAUUAGAUACAUUGAUUUUAUCGAUGCGACGGCGCUUAGAAGCUGUUAUCGCUGCAGACGGCUGGUAUUCA